AAACGAAACACACCAACACAUAUCAGCACGAGAAAAGUCAAAGUUAAAAUGCCAACUAUAUUGUCACCUUCAAUGGAAAUGGACAAAAUGAACAAUCAGGAUAAAUCAGUAAACCCCAGGAGACUAGACAAGUGGCGGUUCCUUUGGCCUUUGACAGAAAAAUUGAACCCUACUGAAACCCUGCUAUGGUCCCAAUCACUGGAAAACCUUCUUAAAUCAAAAUGUGGCAUGGCGACUUUCCACUCCUUCCUCAAAUCCGAAUUCAGUGAUGAGAACAUUGAAUUUUGGCGGGUUUGUGAAGAUUUCAAAAAAAUCAGGUGUUCAUCCAGGCUGACCUCAAGGGCCAAAAAGAUAUUUGAGCAUUACGUCGAGGCAGAAGCUCCCAAAGAGAUAAACAUCGACCACAGAACGAGAGAGCUCAUCAAACAGAAUGUACAAGCUCCCACAAAAGUGUGUUUUGAUGAAGCUCAGAAGAUUGUCUUUGGACUUAUGGAGAAGGAUUCAUAUCCUAGGUUUCUUCGCUCGGACAUCUACAGAUCUCUUCUGGAUUCAGUGUCAGAUAGGAUCAAGGUCUGAGAUACAACAUUUACAACAGUCAAACUAAGUGACUAAGACUUCACUCACUUGUGUGGAACUGUUCAUGCAACGGGCGAGAUGGCCGUGAUGGCCGGUGGUUUAUCAGGCUGCGUCGAAAUGUGAGCCUGGAUAUUUGGCAUUCGGGACUGGAGUCUGAAAAUGGUUAUACAGAAUGUUGUUGAUCUACAGAAAAGCUUGUAUAAGCUAUUGUCUAAAUUAGCUGUAUAGCAUGCUCUCUUGUUCUGUGUGGCUGUGAAAUUCACACUGUACAGCUAACCACAGAAGUUUCUGAAACAUCUGACACCUUUGUAUGGGAAUAUCCUGGAGAUCUUUUCCAACAAUAAUUUUAUUAAUUUGAUUGGCGGAUAUCCGAUGAAUGUUGUCAAAAUUAUGUUAAUGCCAUUUUAAAACCCAACCAAUCUUUGAUGAGGAAUACUAUCUAGGCUCAUAUAAAUGACUUAUAGAACAAAUGUAAAUCCCAGGAAUUUUAUUUUUGUAUUAAUUUUUUUGGGAAACUGGGGAAUUGAAUGGAUAUCCUUACAAUGAUAUCUGCAUACCAAUUAUAAUUUCUCUUCAACAAAACAAGUUUUCUCAGUUGAAUAUUAUUGCAGAAUAGGACAUCAGAAAAUCAAAAACCUUUUACUCUCUGAAUAUACAGUAUAUAAAUACCUCUAAUUUCCCAUAGUUGUUUUGAACAGAAAAGUACUGUGGGGCAAAUGAAUGUGACUUUUUUUAAAGCGAGUGAAAUGAUAUAUUUUAUUUUUUAAACUCUAGACACCGUUCCUUCUUCCCAUACAGAAAUAUCAUAUAUGGCCAUGUAUAUACAAUUAUAAUUCAAAUAUUUAAGCAUGUAUGUACAUAUUUAAUUUCUACUGAUAUUUGGGAAAAAAGACGGUUCAUAUAUGAAAAGGACAUUUUGUUAGUAUUUUGAAAUAUAUGUUUCAUAUAUGUACAAGUAUAUCAGUGAAAACCAUAUAUGAACAUAUAUAUCAUAUAUGUGUUUUGCAUUAGUGCCAAAUAUUAGAUGUCUGUACAGGAUACAUAAAAACUGCUAUAAAUUCUAUAUUUUUUAACAUGACUUUAUAUUGUUUAAUAGUUUUGCCUUAUGUACAAUAUAACUCAUUUGAGUCGUUUACAUUUUAAGGAACCAUUUGAUAACGUAAUAAACAUAA